GGGCCGGGUCAACGCGCCAGGUAGCAACGCCUCAGGACAGCCGACGUUCCCUUCGUCGUCGUUCUCGUCCUCGCCGUCGUCUCAGCGGCGAGGUGGUGUCGUGAUUCCUCCUUCUUAGAACGCGGACAACCGCACCGAUUCCGGGGGAUGACAGCCAUGGGGUCCUUCCACGCCGUCUCCGGGUGCUUCGUUCUCCUCGUGGCUACGGUCGUCCUACUGCCCGCCACGCAUCACACACCGUUUGCAUACGCCGCAAGUGCCGGCGGCAGUAUGCUGGGCGACGUGAACAUCUCUGCGAUACUGGAUUCCUUCUCCGUCAGUUACGAUAAAAGAGUAAGGCCGAACUACGGAGGUCCGCCCGUGGAGGUCGGCGUCACCAUGUAUGUCCUCAGCAUCAGCUCCGUGUCCGAGGUGUUGAUGGACUUCACGUUGGAUUUUUACUUCCGACAAUUCUGGACGGACCCACGACUCGCGUUCAAGCCGCGACCGGGCGUCGAGACGCUCAGCGUUGGUUCAGAAUUCAUCAAGAACAUUUGGGUACCCGACACCUUCUUCGUCAACGAGAAGCAGUCAUACUUUCACAUCGCUACCACCAGCAACGAGUUCAUUCGUAUUCACCACUCGGGAAGCAUCACGCGUAGCAUACGCUUAACGAUUACAACGUGUCCCAUGAACUUGCAAUAUUUCCCGAUGGACCGGCAACUAUGUCAUAUCGAGAUCGAGAGCUUUGGAUACACAAUGCGCGAUAUUCGGUACAAAUGGAACUCCGGCCUACAGUCGGUCGGCAUCUCGAACGAGGUGGAACUACCGCAGUUUCGCGUGCUCGGUCACAGGCAACGACAGACAACCAUACACCUAUCUACAGGGAAUUACUCGCGACUGGCCUGCGAGAUCCAGUUCGUACGGUCGAUGGGCUACUACCUGAUCCAGAUCUACAUACCCUCAGGGCUGAUUGUCAUAAUAUCGUGGGUGAGCUUUUGGCUAAACCGAAACGCGACCCCCGCUCGGGUGGCCCUCGGAGUAACCACUGUGCUCACUAUGACGACCCUAAUGUCCUCGACGAACGCGGCGCUACCAAAGAUCUCCUACGUCAAGUCCAUCGACGUCUAUCUGGGCACCUGCUUCGUCAUGGUCUUUGCCUCGUUGCUCGAGUACGCCACGGUGGGCUACAUGGCGAAGAGGAUUCAGAUGCGGAAGAAUCGGUUCCAAAAGAUAGCCGAGAGCAUGAAGGCGGCGAGCGAAAAUCCAGGACCGCCGCGCGUGCCCGGCGAUCAUGGCGAUCAUGCGCCUAAGCAAACUGAGGUGCGGUUCAAGGUGCACGACCCAAAGGCACACAGCAAAGGUGGGACGCUCGAGAACACCAUAAAUGGUCGCGCCGAUGAAGAAUCGGCGGGCGCGCCACAACAUAUUAUUCAUCCUAGCAAGGACAUCACCAAGCUCUACGGCAUAACGCCGUCGGACAUCGACAAAUACUCCCGCAUCGUAUUCCCAGUAUGUUUCGUUUGCUUCAAUCUGAUGUACUGGAUCAUUUAUCUCCACAUCAGCGACGUGGUCGCGGAUGACCUCGUGUUGCUCAAGGAGGCAAAGUAAACGACGACGUCGCAAUGCUCCGAAUCAAGAAGGAAGAAGGGCAAAAAAAUGCACAGAAACGAGCAUUCUUACGGAACGAGGAUCGAUUCGCAAAGGAGGAAGCGAAAACGGUUCGAGGAAGAUAAAUUGAGACGCGCUCGGUGACUACUUCGAGACGGGAGUAGUAAAAGCGAAUAGAGAGUAAAAGCGACCGACAUCCGAUACAGCCGUAGACCAGCUCGCAGACCAGAGAGGUGCUCUCAAAAUAUGUGCUUAGGUCCAUCUCGAGAGCGCGGUAACCACUUCUCUACUGGAAGUAGUAGCGAAUGAGUACGGGCAGCCGCGCGGUUGCCUAGACGCGGAGUAGGACUACUUCGCGAUCACCGGCAGGUAGAAACGGACUAACGACUCGUCGCUCCGGCAUAGCUCACCAAACGCCCGCUACCACUACUUGCGCGGCUUCGUGGCUACCGCAAUUUCUACCGGGCAACAUGCUCUCGUUCGUCAAUCAGCGAUUGGGCACGCGUAAGCUUCGGCUAUCGUCGUUGUCCACGAGGCGUCUUCGUUAAAGACUCAAUAUGUAUACAUAAAAAAAAUAUAUAUAUAUAGGUCGCGCGAUACAUAGAAAUAUAUAUACAUAUAUAUAUCGCGACGCAAGCGGAAACGGCAAGCAGGAACUCAAUCGCGAAGGCGAAUCCACGAGCAUACAUACCAUAAAACAUUGCCAGUCUAGGUAUUUCUAGUUCUUAAACGGAGAAAAUACCUUCGAUAUAAACACUUGUCAAUUUAGCCACCAUUACAUAGUAACGUUAACUAACGCUAAGAACAACACCGAGACUCGUCGGUUUGAAGCGACGAUUCAAUCGAGAGCAGCUUGAGGACGGAAAAAUAUAGGAUUAUCGACGUUCGUCGAGGUCGAGGAUGAAUCGUCGCUCUGACGCCGUCAGCAGCGUUCGCGCGCAGAGGAAACGUAGCGGAAAUCACAUGGUGGCAUGUGUGCGCGUGCAUGCGAGUGAACGAGAGAGAGAGAGAGAGAGAGAGAGAGAGAAAGAGAGGGAACGAAUGAACGCGAGCAUUGAGUAUGAGUGAAAGCGCGCGCGUGAAACGAAGAAACAGCGGGAAAGUUCAUAUUCCGAACGAAGAUAAACAAUGUACUAUCGGAGACUGGUGCGACUUAUUAUCUAAGUAAGUACAGUAAGUAUAUGUAUAUUAACAUAUAUACGCGCGCGCGUACGCGGCCACGUUAGGUACGCGCGUGCAUGCAUAUUAGACACGUGCGUGCACACAUGCGUACGCAGAACGCAUACAGACGAUCGAUGAACAUUCUACGCGAGGUCCACAAAGACACUGACAGUGGAACGGAAGGAGGAUAACACGACGCAGGACGCCCACGACGAAAGCAACUCGGAUUUCACAGUAGCGGCCUCACUUCAGCAUCCGCAUUUAUUUGGAUUACGGCCAAGUAAGAGCCAAGUCUCUUUUUCAUUUCGUAGGACUUUUUUACGAUUUUUCACGACGCAACUUUUGUAUUUCUGUAUAUGUAUGACUCGCGUCGUCGCUGCGGUGAAAUCGGAGUAACUAUCGUCACUCGUCCCAGGGCGUUCCUGUACGCGUGUACGUGCGUGUGCACAUGGCUCAAUCGGGAGUACUCUUAGCUCGUACUACGUAGUCGCGACUGUUUACGUAGGGAAACUCCCGGAACAUAUAAUGAUUAUAUACCGGACGUAAAAAUACUCCAAUCGAGUCGAGAUAAUCGAGAGGGACAAUGAACCAAGGCAGAAUGCAACUCGGUACUCAUUUCGUACCUACUUUCAUUUAAAGAAAAUUCUCUUUAAAAAAAA